AUGCAGCACAUGAGUCUACCUGUUGCUGCUGCUGCUGCUGCUGCUGCGGGGUUGCCUGCUGCUGCUCCUGCUGCUGCUGCUCCUCGAGGGUUUUCUGCUGCAACUGAUGUUGAGGCUAGUCCAGACACCGCAACAACAGCAGCAGCAGCAGAUUUAGCGGCAACACCAACACCUGCAGCAGCAACAGCAUGUUCAACAAAAGCAGCAGCAGCAGUAGCAGCACCUGCAUCUACAGACGAAACACCGGCAACAGCAGAGCCCGCAGCAGCAGCAGCAGUAGCCCCAGGAGGAACAGACACAGCAGCAGCACCCGCUGCAGCAGCAGCUGGUGCAGCAGCAGCAGCAGCCAGUAUGCAAAGCCGCAAUUGUUUAGGAGGCAGGGCUCGUCUGCUGCUGCUGCAGUCGCAGGGCCCCGCAGCUGCUGCAACCGUUUGCUGCUCUUUCACUGCAAAUCCAAAGGGCCCCCUCUGCAGCAGCAGCUGUCUCCCCGCAGCAGGAGCAGCAGCAGCAGCAGAAACUGGAGAAGCAGAAGCAUCAGCGGCAGCAACUAAGACAGACCCUGCACAAGCAACACCACCAACAGCAGCAGCAGCAGCAGCAACAACAACAACAACAACAGCAACAGCAGCAACAACAACACAAGAGGCUCUCUUUAUUGCAUCUAGCGACGCAUCUUCUCUUCGCACUCGGAGGGAGGGCCCCGUCCUCCUUACUACCCAAGAUGGUUUGCUGCUUGUUGCUGGAGGAGACAGCACCUCGGGGCUGUUGACCUUUGCUGAAGUCGCGGAAGGAUCUGCUGCUGCUGCUGCAGCUUCUGCUGCUCCUGCUGCUGCAGCAGCAGAUGCUGCUCCUGCUGCAGCAGCAGCUGCUGCUGCGGUGUCUUGGAAGACAGCAGGGAACCUCCAUCAGCCCCGAUGCAAACACGGGGUGCUUCCGGUGGUGCUUGGCGGCAGCAGCCGCAGCAGGUGUAGCAGCAGCAGCAACAGCAGCAGCAGCAACCCCGCCUUGGCCUCUGUAGAAAUGUGCGACCCUCUGAGGCAUAGCGCGUGGAUUAACCUGCCCCCGAUGCUGCAGCAGCGGCAGCAGCUUGCUGCAGUUGCUGUGGGCAACAUGAUUGUAGCGCUUGGCGGCAGAGACAGCACCGGUAAUAAGGGCCUGGUCUUAAAGACGUGCGAGAGACUUCUUCUACCCUUGGCUUAUGAAACCCCAGCUGCAGCAGCAACUCCUGCUGCUGCUGCUGCUCCUGCUGCAGCUGCAACAGGUGCAGCAGAUGCUCCAGCAGCAGCAGCAGGAGCUGUGGCUGCAGCAGCACCAGGAUGUUCUGCUGCUUCGCCUGCAGCAACAUCACCAGCAACAUCAGCACAAGCUCCAGCAGCAGCAACAGCAGCACAAGCUCCAGCAGCAGCAACAGCAGCACAAGCUCCAGCAGCAGCAGCAGCAGCAGCAGCAGAUUGGUUGCCGAGUAGUAGCGGCCGCCCGUCUUUGAAAGGGGUGAUUAAACCCUGGAGUUUGCUGCCUCCCCUGCAGCAAGCCAGAUGCAGAUUUGCUGCUGUUCAUGUACAGGGCAAAAUCUUCUGUGUCGGGGGCCUGGGUGGAGUGCGGGCGCUGAGGUCGGUGGAGGUAUUCGACAUAAUAACGAACACCUGGAUAGAAGGCGGCUACAGCGCAGCAGAGGAGACAGACAGCAGCAGCAGCAGCAGCAACAGCAGAAGCAGCAGCGGGCUGCUGUCUGCGGAAGCCCUUGACCUGCAAGCGUACUUUGCUGCUGCGUUCGGAGAGGUGCUGCAGCCGCUGCAGCCGCAGCAACAGCAACAGCAACAGGAGCCGCAGCAGCAACAGGAGCAGCAACACCAGCAGCAACAACAGCAACAGCAGCAGCAGCAGCAGCAGCAGGAAAAGGAGGUGGAGUGGGUUUUGUAUGAACGAUGUGGUUUACCUGCUGUCUCCCCUGGCUGCUGCAUUGUCGACUGUCCCUCUUGGGCUGCCUGGGCCUCGCAGCUGCCAGAAGAAUCGAUGCGGCAGCACAGCAGCAGCAGCAACUCAGCAGCAGCAGCAGCAGCAGCAAAACCUAAAGGGAUGCUUCAGUCCUCUGGUCGGCGUCUCGUUCCUGAACGGCUGUUUACUGUAAAUAAAAUGUCUUUUGGUUUGCCUCCAACAACAGCAGAAGAAAUGCAGCGGUUGCUGCCCCGGGGUCGUGUUGCUGCAGCAGCAAGUCGUUUGCUGCAGCAGCAAGCAGCAGCAGCAGCAGCAGCGGCAGCAGCAGCACGAACAGCGGCCAAGCCAGGAGCAGCAGCAGCAGCAGCAGCUCAAAGAUCAGUUGCUAGGGAAGCGCUAGAGCAGCAAACAGCUCAAGACAUAGCAGCACUUCAGCUUAUUCAAACACCAAUGAACAAAGCAGCUACUGUUGCAGCAGGAGACACAAAGACAAAGGUUCUUCAGGCUUUCUACUCAAGCAGCGCUUCGUCUGCUGCUGUCCCCACCUACCGCCGCUCUCCUGGAAAGGUACAAGAACUGCGACGUGCCUUUGAGUCUGCUGCUGCUGCUGAGCGAUUGAAGGAGCCUCCGGGUUAA